GUAAAUGUUCGCUGGCGAAAAUUCAGCUGUAGACCGUACUAGAGCGUCUUUAGAUACGAAGUUUGGCGUAGCUUAAGGAGGAUCUCGAAAACAACUCCUUCCACGCCGGGCCUUGGGAGCAGACCUACAAAAAAGGCAUAUUAUUGUGCACAAAACUAAUAUCUAUGUCAUCGUGACAAUCUACCUAGGCGACAAUCCUUCAUCAUACAUACUUGAAGCCUCUCAGAGUCGAUCGAUCGUAGUCCAACUAUUUUGAGGUAGAUCGCCAGCUGUUCAAGCUUGAGCACCCUUGAUCUAGGCUAUGUCAGUGACUUUGAUAUGGGCGUUGGCAAACACUUAACAUCAGAUGACACGUCUGCUCGUCAUGCGCCAAUAUUUCAUAAUAUAACAAUACAUAAGACAUAUGUUUCAUCAAUUAAGGGCAGAAAUCCUCCAAAAAGAAGAAAAUGAUUUAUUGAUAUUAGAGAUACGAGAAGAUAUAGUAGAAGAUGCGCUGAACAUUUGUUAUGAAAAGUACAUGGAGAGACAGACCUCAUUGUUCACAGCACAUUGCGCCGCAGAAGCUUGGAUCAAGUUAAUUGACUGGUAUUUCUAUCGUCACGACCCCGGUGAAGAACCAAGUGCUCACCCACAAUGCUUCAUCCCAAAGCGUACGGAAUCAUGGAUACCUGACGAGAUACCCGACCCCUCCCCGAAAGACACCUGGUGUAAACAUGAACUCACAGUCCUUGAGGAUCCCCAAGACGAGAUUGCGAAGAAAAGCGACAGCAGUCAUUCUUUGGACAUGCCGAUAAUUGAGGAUAUACCUUCAGAAUUCUGGUUUCCUGGAAAAGUUAACUUGCCCUACGAAAACGAAUCGAAGACCUUUACCGAUACGGACAGCGGAAUCAGCGAUUACAACAUCUGCACAGAGAGCGAAGUGUUGCAGAAGGUGACAGACUAUAGCAGCUCGGAGAAGUUGUUAGCUAAGGAGUCGAGCCUGACAGCGGAGCAACUCUCGUCGCCACUGGACGGGUCAGUCCAGAGCGCCGCCGGGGACUCCGCGAUGGACCGCAACAAACCCAAGCGACGGUUAUAUGAGAAGAACAAGAGUGUCAGCAAAGCUAGCAUGUACAGGUCGAGAGGGUACCUACCGCCGCUGGCAGGAGAGUCCAGGUCGCUGGUCAGCAUCAUAUCUGAUUGCCGCCUCAGGAACCUCAGGUUGGAAACGCAGUAUGAGAUAGCAUCAGAAAAGAUCGACACUCCUCCCGGGGAGACGGUGAAGAGGAAAUAAUACAAGCUGAAUGAUUUGUGAUUAUUUAUGCUGUCAUUGUGAUUUGAGAUAAUACCUUGAUCAUAUUUGUUUUAAUAUUUUUAUUUACUAAUAAAACAGAAAUAAAUAAAAAUAUUUUCAA